AUGCAGGCUUCUCAGCCAGAGAGGAAGAGAAGGUCGCCGACUUGUCCGAUGGUCGCAUGGGAUGCCAGGCAGCCGUGCUCGCGCUUCCGUCUCCUGAGAAGACUUAUCCCGUUGUCGAGCGGCGCUGUGUCGUCGUCAUCGGCGGCGAGAGGUGCGAUGAAGAUGUGGCGGAGUUUGGAAGGAUCAGGCAGCUGGCGGGGGUUCCUGUCUUCGACACCGAGAUGGGACAUUGGCGCAAAGAUGACGUCGUCCCACCACUUGCCGACUCUGGCUCGCUUGAAAACCAAUGAGCACAGACGUCAGAUAAAACGAAAACUCGAUUGA